AGUUCAUAGGCUGGGCGAUACAGUUUCAAGGACUGGGCAGAGCCGGCGAAUUGAACAUGCCCCCCGCAGCAGUAACCAAUCUAGGCUACACCCCACCAGACGGAGGCUGGGGCUGGGCUGUCGUCUUCGGCGCUUUCAUCUCCAUAGGAUUCUCGUAUGCCUUUCCCAAGUCCCUCACCAUCUAUUUCAAGGAGAUUCAGGAAUAUUUUUCAGUUUCCUACAGUGAGAUUGCCUGGGUGUCCUCAGUCAUGCUUGCUUCUAUGUAUGCAGGAGGCCCUGUCAGCAGUGUACUGGUCAAUCGCUAUGGCAGCAGACGUGUGGUUAUAGUUGGCGGGGUCAUGGUUUGCACUGGCAUGGCUCUCGCUUCUCUUGGCACUAAUAUAAUACAUCUGUAUCUCUGUGUUGGAGUAAUUGGAGGUUUUGGUCUCGCGUUCAACUUGCAGCCCUCCCUGACGAUCAUAGGCACUUACUUCCAGGUCAAAAGGCCUCUUGCCAAUGGACUCGCUAUGACUGGAAGUCCAGUUAUUCUCUCCACUCUGGCUCCUCUCAAUCAGUUUCUGUUUGAUUCUUUUGGUUGGAGGGGGAGCUUCCUCAUCCUGGGAUCCAUUGUUUUGAACUGCUGUGUAGCUGGUGCUUUGAUGAGACCAGUCAACAAAAGCAUACAACGCAAAACAAUAGAUGAGUCAUCAAAGUGUGAAAAUGAAGCUGAGGAACACGCUGCUGCUGAAGACACCAGUACCCACUCUGAUAACCUUCAGACUGAAGAUCAAAGUGAGAGCAAGGGUCACAGCUUUGUGCAGAAAUUCAUAGAUGUCUCACUUUUCAGACACAGGGGCUUCCUCAUUUAUCUAAUUGGUAAUGUGGUCAUGUUUUUUGGCUUUUUUGCACCUGUGGUUUUCAUGGCUCCAUAUGCCAAACAUCAAGGGAUUGAUGAAUAUUCAGCAGCUUUCUUGCUCUCCAUUUUUGCUCUGGCGGACAUGUUCGUUAGACCGACAACUGGCUUCGUGGGCAACACCAAGUGGAUUAGGCCAAGAAUACAGUAUUUUUUCAGUUUUGCUGUUUCAUACAAUGGCAUAUGUCACCUAAUGUGCCCACUGGCAUCUGGCUAUACAGGCCUAGUUGUAUAUGCUGUCUUCUUUGGUUUGGCAUUUGGGAUGCUUUCUGCACUCCUUUUUGAAGUUCUAAUGGACCUUGUUGGAGCUCCUCGUUUCUCCACUGCUGUUGGACUUGUCACCAUUAUUGAGUGUGGGCCAGUGCUUCUGGGACCUCCAAUGGCAGGAGCUUUGGUUGAUUAUUUUGGUGAUUACAAAUAUAUGUAUUAUGCAUGCGGUGUAUUCAUGCUGGUUUCUGGCAUAUUUUUCUUCAUUAUGCAUUACUACAACUAUAAAAAACUGGAUGAGGAGCGCAGGAAGAGCAAAGCAAUGGAGACAAGAAAUUCUGACGAGGCAGUAGAACUAAAAAUGAACCAGGAUGAUAGAACGAUGAAUGAAACAGAUGAAUGAACUUGCUGACUAUGACUUUAUUUCAGUGGAUGCAUACAAAAUGACAUUGCAAAGGUUUUUUAUGCAGUAUGUUAAUGUAUUUUGUACCUUAAAUGACUUAGAGUAGUUAGACUUUUAAAUACUUGCAGAUUCACAUUUGUUAUUUUGUAAAUUCUCAUAUUAUGUAUAUUAUUAUUAUUACAGUGUGUGACAUAUGUAACUCUGAGGAUUUGUUAAUAAAUUACAAGGAACUACC